CGUUGACGCCAUUUCAAACUGAAAAUGUGUAACGUUACCUGCGUAGAUCUCUUUUGACUUGGACUUUUAUAUAAUUUUUUUGUUUUUUUUUGUAAGUAAACUUUAUUAAUAAGUUGAAUAUUAUUUUAAGAUCUCGAUCUAAUCGGUUAUCGGCAUAUUUUAGUUAGGACAUGAAAUCUUCCGAUUUGGUUAAUUUCUCCCUAAAGAAGUUCUCAAACAAGUUUUUUUAAGGUUAAAAUCCUGCUUCCUGAUCUAAUUCAAAAAGGUUUUUUUAUUGUAUUUAUUGUUUAUAUUUAAUAUAUUGAAUAUUUUGCUGAAGAAUCAAUGUGAGUAUUUCAUGUAUGACUGAUUUCUAUGAAUAAGCAAAUUUUCCUCCAGGAAAAAUAAAUCUCAUCCAUUUUUCUUAUAGUAACAGAAGUUUCAUACAAGAAUGUACAGAUAAUUAAUAAUGUCAGUAGUAACAUCAUCAUCUGCUGUUGUAGCGUCGUCAGCAGCUGCUGUAGUAGCAGUCUCGUCUGUGGUGGCUUCAGCAGUAAAUAUGACACUAACACCUGCAGUAAGUACGACUAUAGCUCAACCUGCACCUGCAGUUCCUGGAACCAUAACUUUAGCAGCUGUCAAUGCCAUUCCAUCUCCUAUUAGUACACCCACAACUGUUACCUCUGUCAAUCCUGCAAACAUGACUGCUAUUGUUAAAGCAGUUACUGGAGGCACUGAAAGAUUAUCAACUAUUUCAGAUGGAACACAAGUAUUAAAUAGACAACGUCUACAAGAUUUAGUUAGGGAGGUAGAUCCAAAUGAACAACUUGAUGAUGAUGUGGAGGAGUUACUUUUACAAAUUGCUGAUGAUUUCAUCGAAAAUGUUGUUACUACCUCUUGUCUCCUGGCUAAACAUCGUAAAUCUAAUACAUUAGAAGUUAAGGAUGUCCAGUUAAGUUUAGAAAAAAACUGGAACAUGUGGAUACCUGGAUUUGGAUCAGAGGAACUCAGGCCUUACAAAAGAUCAUGCACAACUGAAGCACACAAACAAAGAAUGGCAUUGAUUCGAAAGUCACUAAAGAAAUAUUAACUGUAUGCACCACAAAAGAAAAGGAGAGUAAAGGAAUGGCCUCAUGCCAAAAUUUGACUGCCAUUAAUUAAUGUAAUGCAGUUUGUAAUUGCGCUAUGAAUAUAAAUAUAUAUAUAUAUAAAGUCAAUUACAACAUUUUAUUACAUUUAUCUCAUCACACUGUUUCUUUUUGUU